AAAAUAAUAUUAUAUAAGCCUUGCCAGUUAUGAGCGAAAUUUCCAGGGUUACAUAAUAAUAUUUUGGUUAUAACUAUAAUCGGGACGUUUUUUAAAAUCGACGACCCGCAUCGGGCUUUUUACAAUAGUAUAGCUUAGUCACCGUUAUCCUUCUAAGAUUUUCAUCCAAUAAUAAAAUUCGUUAAUCAGAUAAUUCGAUGUUAGAGGACAUGCCUGACAUAACUUAAACAACACCCUUUUUUUAAUUUUUGUUAUUAUAUGGAAUGUGAUAAAUUUUAUAAAGGGAUUAAUUAUCCUGUUAAAUAUUAUGGAUAUCAAAUUAUUAAAACGCCUAUAUCAAAGCUUGAACCCUCAACCAAAAUUCAAUUAACUUUAAAUUCUAUAAAAAAAAUUAGUGAGAAUAAUAUUUCUAAAAAUACAAUGAAUCUCAAGCAAUUUGUUAUAUCUAAUGUGAAAAAAUUAGAUCAACAACUAAAUUUAGACCAUUUUAAUGAAGAUGUUACAUUACAUAUGAAUUGCCAUGAAAUCAUAUUAAAAUUAAAUGACAAUAAUCAGAUCAUAUCACAAGUAUCACCAAGUUAUAUUUCAUUUUCCUCUACUGGAGUAAAUGAUCUAAAGGAUUAUUUUGCUUAUAUAGCCAAAGAUCCUAAUGAUAACAUUCGUAAAUGUUAUGUGCUGAAAGCAGAGUGUUCUGAAAAAUCUAAUGAAAUAAUAAAUGUAAUGGGCAAAAUAUUUAUCAUACAAUUUGAUAUUGUUAAGACAAAGAAAAAUGCAAAUAGGCUAAUAAAUAGGAGAAAGGGCAAACAACAAAAUCUCAAUAUUAAUCAAAACAAUCUCAAUAUAUUUGUUAGUGGGACAAACAAUGUUCAAGAUCAAAUCGAUUUACAAUUUAAACAAGACACGAUACGUUUACUAGGAAAUUUGAUUGACGUUUCACCCGUUGAGAAAAAUAAGAAUUUUAUGGCUCAGGCACUAAAUUUAAACGAAUUAAAUACUCUGGAAUUCGAUCGAGAACUUAAUGCUCGCUCAAAAACAACGUUUGAUCCGGAAAUCUUUGAGAUGCCAAUCCUAAACCAACCUUGGUACCAUUCCAUCGCAACCAAUCGAAUUGUGAGUGAACAUCUUUUGAAAUCUCCCGGCGAUUUUUUGGUCAGACGAAGUGCGCUGUGCCAAUGGCAGUUUGUUUUGUCGUGUGUCGGCAUGAAAUCGAGUGAAACCAUGGAUAUCCAUCACGAGGAAUCGGACAAAAACACCAAGCAAGCGCAGGUUCGGUCAUCGGUGGUUAAGCAUUUUUUGUUAGUGGACCCCGAAACGGGUAUCGUCAGAUCCGCCAACAAAAUCUUCGACGGUGGGAUCAAAGAACUCGUCGAUUAUCACGUUAGCAAAGGAUUACCAUUGCUCCCCUUUCCCUGCGACAGCGAAAAAAAAGGGCGCCAUAAAAAUUCGCAAAUUAGCUGUAGCGUCUCGUCAUUUAGAUAUUUUCUCAUUCGCCCUAUUCCGCGUCCCACUUAAAAACCAUUUUUUUUAAAAAAAAUAAAAUAGUAUACUACGCUUUAUAAUCGGGACUUAGCUUUAAACUGGAAACAUGAUAGUGAUACAUAAUUAAUUAUCGAUCCGAAUUAGAUACAUUUUAAUCCUUGAGAGUAUUCUUUGAAGAAAAAAAGUAACGCGAGAGCAUUUAUGGGGUAAGGCUCAGGCAUUAAUUUAUUUUUUCAUCCAUAAUAUUUAUAAAAUAUAUAUUUUUUUAAAAAUUCAUCUAUCUAAUAUGAUAAUUAUUUAUUAUAAAUUCGACCCAAAUAACUAUUUUAUCAAUUUUUUUUUAUUCCAUAUUAUUUUUAACAUCAAUAAUACUCUUUAUUUUUUUAUCAUUUAUAUUUAUGAACAAAUUGAAACGAUUUCUAGCCAAAAAUACCCAUUUAUAUUGAAUUAUAAGCAUUUUUUUUACAAAAAAUGUUAAGCUCAUCAAAAUUCACUAAAAAUUUUAGAUAUCCCCCCCCCCCCAAAAAAAAGCACUCAAAAAUUUUGAAUGCAUGUUGUUUAGCCAAAAUUAUAAGGCUACUGAAAAAUCCAGACUGUUGUACCUCUCCUAUUUUAAGUAACUUAUUUUUUAAACUCUAGGCUCUCUAUAUGUCCCGAAUGCUCUCAAAGGUUAAAAAAAUAUAAUUUCUUUUAUAUCAUAUAUUUAUCAUGCAAUCAAUAUACUCAUAACUGCGAUAUCACUUAAAA